ACACUGUACUGCAUUUGCAUAAGCGAAGGAGGAAGUGGGGCCUGUUAAUCUUUAAACUUGACGCACAUUGGAAAGUCCCAGUAACCGCAGACAAAAACGAACGUUUUGAAACAAUAAGAACCGCUUUUUAAGAAUAAGAUAAGAACAAUGAUCAAUCGUUUUUCAUAGACAUUCUCGCAAUAAUAAGGUUAUGGAUCGCGACUGACUGGCUUUAAUGCCUACAGAAGAGACAUGUACUUAUUCCUGUACAGUACUGUGUUGUACGUUCAUGCAGUUCUGACAUCAGGUCUUCGGAUAUUGGAUUCACCACCUCUGAACUGUACACAAGAGGGUCUGGGAUGCAGAGCAGAUAUAAAUAACUGCCUGGACCAGGGCUGGCUGAAGCCACGCAAAUUCACCCCCACGGCUCCACAGAACCUGACCGUAACGCUGCAGGUGAGACCAGAUGAGAACGGAGACCUGGUGCCAGCUCUAGAUGUGAACUGGGCAGCGCAGAGCGAUGGGAGCAUUAAAUUCCUGAAGGGCACAGAGGUUAAUGUGCUGGAAAUGUCCAUCAAUCUGAACCGCUGUGUUCGUUACACCUUUCCCAGGAUCACCCCUAGGAAGAGCUCCCCGGAUAAGGCCUGGUCAUUUUCACUGGACAGAGUGCUGGUGGAGCCUGGUCAGCAGUACGUGGUUUCUGUCAGUAACCUGCCCAAACCAAACAUGGGACACGACAGCUACAAUGUCUUCAAAACCAUCACCGUCCCAGGUACCAUUCGCCUUUAUCACAAAACCUUCUCCCAGGUACCAUUCGCCUUUAUCACAAAGCCUUCUCCCAGGAACCAUUCGCAUUUAUCACAAAACCUUCUCCCAGGUACCAUUCGCCUUUAUCACAAAACCAUCACCGUCCCAGGGUGUGCAGAUGCCAGAAUAAGGAAAACAAAAAAGUGUGUGGAGAGUGGAAGUUUAUGGAGGUCCAACAUUAGCUUGGAGAUGUCCAAAGGGCAAAAUGGUGAAGCAGUGAUCAUUGUGGGCUUCAGUGGCAGCGAGUUCUCUGAGAAGUACCGUGUGGCGGUCCAGUGUCUCCAUGGUAACAGAGAGCACCAGCCCAUAAACAAGAGCAAUCAGACGAUACUGAAAGCAGCUUUUGCACUUGGGAAGUGGCCUCAAACUUGUUGCAGUUUCACGGUGGAGAUCCAGCCCUUUUUCUUGCAUUGCCGAAAUGACUGCAUUCGCCGCAAAACAUCUGCGUUCAACAUCUGUCUGAUCAGCCCAACCGUGCCACCCAGGGUUUCAGUGCAGUCCCCUCUGGCAGUGGGCCUGGGCGUCUCGUGUGCUGUGGUCCUGCUCUGUGGGCUGGUCUGCUGUAGAAAGCUUCGGACAGAUCCAGCCUUCCCUCUGAAAGAUGUGCAGGACACAACCAGCAGCCCGAGGAAAGUUCUGCUGAUCUACUCUCUGGACCACCCUCUGUACAGAGACGUGGUUCUGAAGCUGUGUGCCUUCCUGCGGGCUCGCUGUGGCACCGAGGUGGUUCUGGACCUGCUGGACUCGGCCUGGCUCAGCGCAGUGGGCCGCAUGCAGUGGUUGGACUGGCAGAAGCAGCAGAUCGAGAAAUCGUCCCAAAAGAUCCUGGUCCUCUGCUCACGAGGCGUCCGGGCCAAGUGGGGGGCCAUGUGUGGGGGGGGGCGGGUGCAGCUGAGGGAGGACCUGCGCUCCCCCAUGGGGGACAUGCUCACCCCCGCCCUCAGCCUCAUCAUCCCAGACUUCGUGCACAGCAGCUCCUUUCAGAAGUACAUGGUGGCGUACUUUGAGGACUUGAGCAGCGAAGAUGAUGUCCCGGCACCGUUCAACAUCAGCAUCAAGUACAAACUGAUGAAGCACUUUGAGGAACUCUACUUCAGAAUCCUGGACCAGGAGAAACACCAGCCCGGCAGGGUGAAGCGUAUCGAGGGAAUAGCACAAGACGAAUAUUUCAACUGCCCCUCGGGCAGAGCCUUGAGGAACGCCAUUGAGGCCUUGCAGGCUCACCAGCUGGAGAAUCCAGACUGGUUUGAAAAGGAGUGUGUGGGCAGUGAGGAAGAGGUGGCACAAUCUGAGCUGGAGCACCCUCUUCUUGCAGACGUGUGCAGGAACCCCGUACUCCAGUGCGUGCCAGAGAUCACCGAGGGGCCUCCCAUCCUGCUCAACGAGGUGGAGUUCAGUGAGGAGCCCAGAGGCGUCCAGGCGCUGGUUCCCCUGGUGCGCCCGGGAGGGAGUGUGUCCACGCAGCAGGUCCAUGCUGGUGCUGGGCUCAGGGGCAGCCCGCUCUGCUGCUCCCGCCCGGCUGUGGGGGGGGGGCCGGAGGUGCUGCAGUGGAGCCCCCGCCCUUCGCUGAGCGAAGGCGAGGAGGAGGAAGAGGAGGAGGAGGAGGAGGAGGAGGAAGUGCAGACCUCCUGCAGUCCACCCUCUGAGCAGUCGCUCCAGCGUCUGUGGGCUCUCCAGGAGUCGCUGGGGCCCGUGGCUGGCCCCGCCCUGGCCUGCGAAGGGCUCCAGGACAAGAGGCUGCUCAGCCAAUCAGACCAGGGCUACGUCUCCAGGUCCCUCCCCCAGGACCCACUGGCCGCUCUGUCCCGCCUGCAGGAGGCGUGUCUAAUGAGCAGCCUCACCCAGGGGCUCCCCAACACGCCCAGGGGCUCCCCAGCACGCCCAGGGGCUCCCCAACACGCCCAGGGGCUCCCCAACACGCCCAAGACCUCCCCAACACGCCCAGGGGCUCCCCAACACGCCCAAGACCUCCCCAACACGCCCAGGGGCUCCCCAACACGCCCAGGACCUCCCCAACACGCCCAGGGGCUCCCCAGCACGCCCAGGACCUCCCCAACACGCCCAGGACCUCCCCAACACGCCCAGGACCUCCCCAGCACACCCAGGACCUCCCCAACAGGCCCAGAUACUGAGCAGGCUAUGAAGGACAGGUUUCAGAACUAGCCCCCAGCUCACAUUCACAGUUUGUAUUGAACAUUACAGAAGGAAUGAAACCUGUGCUGUUGAGUAAGUUUGAAUUUUUAAGGAUACUUUAUUUAUUUAGCUAAUAGCGGAUUACACAUGAUCAAUUUACUCAACACAUCUACAGUCUUUUAAAGACAGUUCAGGCUCAUGACAUUUUAAAAAAUACAUAAUGUACCGUGUACAGUGGUUCAACAAUAAACGCUAAAGAUUGUAAAAAAAAAAAUUAAAAAACCUUUUAAAAAAUUGCAAUACAAAUCAGCAGAUUUAGAGAUUUUAUUACCACUUUAGGCUCAGUUGUUUUAGUUAUUUUAGUUGUUUUCAGAUGAAGAUUAUUUUACAUUUUACACUCCAUCUUUUCAGCGGGUGAUGGGUUCAUAUGAAUGAUCUCUCAUGUUUCUGCUCAGCAGUAGAAGGAUUUGUUUGGCCCUCAUGGACUAUUCCAUUGUUUUCAGACAAUUCUUUUUUUGUAUUUGUAUAUAUCAGUAUUCAUUUAGUGGUAGUGUUGUCAUGUUUUUUUAAUAAUCUUUACAUGGUAAGACUUACAGAGCCAUACAUUCAUGACAGCAGUGAUGGUAUGUUCCUGUGGAGCUUUGACAGAUGUUCAAUAAAUCGCACUAUACUAA